GCUCAAAAAGUGAAAACAAUGCGCUGGAUUUCAGAAAAAUGGGAUUGCUGCCGCUCUGAUUAGUCAUGAGCUCCCGCUGUGGAGGAUCUCUUUUUAUCAAGAGAUCGAACGAACAACGAUUGGAUUUUGAAUCGAAUUUGUGGAUUCGAGUCGAGCUUCUCUUCGAAUUCAAAUUAGUAUGGUUGAAAGAAUCUUUGGAGCAGAGAGGCAGCCAUGUCAAACUUUGCAACGCGAUAUGUUAAAUGGUGCAACUCGUUUCGAAUUUGUAUUUUGUUUUAUUAGUAGUUGUAAACUAGUCAUACUUCUUUUAUGCUACUUUAUGUCAUUAGACUUCAAUUACCUAC